CCACGGCGAGGCGGGCUGUUUGAAAUGGAGGCAGGAAGCGAGAACGAUAGAGGCUUAGCUUUCGGUGUGAGGAGUGCCUUAUGUUGCUGCUGGGGAGGGAGGAGUUGUAGGUAUGGCGACCAAACGGUUGGCCAGGUAAGGUCUAGAACGGGACCUGCAUCCUUCCGUCCUUUCCUCGUGUCAAAAGGGCACGCUUUUAGACAGCUUGGCAUUAUUAGAAGAAUAUCUAAAAUAUCACCCAGUGGCCAAAGUAAUGUGAGACCCAAAAUCAGGCAGUUGUUUGACUACUUAAUAAUUAUUGAUUUUGAAUCUACAUGCUGGAAAGAUGGCAGAAAAUGUUACACUCAAGAAAUAAUUGAAUUUCCAGCUGUUCUAUUAAACACCUUGAAUGGAGAGAUUGAAUCUGAAUUCCACACGUAUGUCCAGCCUCAGGAACAUCCAAUUCUCUCUGAAUUUUGCACUGAGCUAACUGGCAUAAAACAGAACCAAGUUGAUGAAGGAGUUCCUCUGCAUAUAUGUCUGUCUCAGUUUUCUAAAUGGAUCCAAAAGAUACAAAAGGAGAAGAAUGUUAUUUUCGGUUCAGGUCAUUCAAGUUGUGCUACUUCUGAAGGAAAAUUAUGUGCAUUUGUUACGUGGUCAGACUGGGACCUGGGUGUGUGUUUGCAGUACGAGUGUAAAAGAAAACAGUUGCGAAAACCAGAUAUUUUAAACUCCUGGAUUGAUCUCCGGGCAACUUACAAGCUCUUUUACUCUAGGAAGCCACAAGGGUUAAAUGGUGCUUUGCAAGAUGUGGGGAUCAUAUUUGCAGGACGGGAGCAUUCUGGGCUGGAUGAUUCCCGGAAUACUGCUCGCCUUGCAUGGAAGAUGAUCUAUGAUGGGUGUGUGAUGAAAAUCACUAAAUCUUUGGAGAAGGCACCUCCUCCACAGAAUUCCAUUGCUAGAUUUUUGUGUGUGAAGCCUACCGAUGGGAGUCCUUUGGGAAGCAAUGAUGGUGCAAAAAGAUCAUGUCUGGAUGAGAGUAAAAAUGCUGGCGUUACCACAGAAAUUAAAAACAAGGAAAAUCAACAGCAAGAGUUCACUCCUGUUUGUUUACAUGAAAACACCCAUGUUCUGUCGAGAAAGGGCAACAAGACUGAUGGGUAUAGCAGUGUUCAAAGCUGCUUGACUCCACAGACUGGAAGGCUCAAUUCCCCCCUGGGCUGUUUUCAGCCUUCCUAUAACUCUUUGGGCAUCCAGGGUGGGCUAAAUAAUGGUCAUCCAGUUUCUCAUUCUUCAGCACAUAAUCCAGGGUUGGUUUUGGUCUCCACCACUCUUUCUUCUGUCAAUGUUUCCGAUACAGACAUAAGUACCACUUCAGAUUGUUUAUCCAUGUUGGCGGAUUGGGAGGAUGUAGCAUUAAUACCAGCAUCGCAAGAUGAUCAAAAUUCAGAAUGUUCACAAUGGGUGGAUGAGUCAAACGAUAAGAGUUCUUUAACCGUUGGAGAGAAAAUGGGUAUGAAUGGAUCACAUGUGAUGAAUUUGAGAUCUGAAAGUGUUGUGGGACCUAUUCUGAAUAUGCAACUCUCCGAGUCUGUGGUGAACCAAAGUUACAGCAAUAUUAUUUCUAAUACAGGCAUGGUCCCAGAUAAGUUCUCAAAUGCUUCUGGGUUUAAGCUCCCCACUGCAAAGGCAAGUACUGCCUCUACUGAUGGGUCAAAUGGAAACCAUGUCAGAUCCUCAUCUGAAGCUCAUAAGAGAAAACCUUCCAGUCCAAAAUCUUUUCCUCCAGCGAAAAAGCCACCCUUUAUAGUGUAUGAAGAUAAAGGCACAACAUCCAGCAACUCCCUGCUGUUCAGAAGGCCAGGUUCCCACCAUGUGCCUUCUGGCAUCUUAAACUCCUCCAUUAACUUGCGCCAACGCACAGGAACUGGGAAAGUGACUCCGCCUUUAUGCAAAUGCGGUCGAAGGGCCAGAAGGCUGAAUGUUUCAAAUGGUGGUCCCAAUCAUGGUAAAGUAUUCUACAGCUGCCCAGGUAGAAAGCAGGGAAGGAACAGAAAGGGCUGUGGUUAUUUCAUAUGGGAACGCACACUUCAAAAGGAGAAGUGUGCACUUCCUCCUGCUUCAGAUGCUCUGGGGCUGCCGCAUCCCGUACAAAGUUGCAGUUCAUCAGAAAGCUCUGAAAGGAAAUUCCUGGCUCUUCGGCCCUCUAUGCGAACCUAGCCCAACACCACCUCCUUUGUAUUCUUCAUUGCAGAAAAAAAAUCCGCUCGCUCCUUGUCACAAAUUAGAGAGGCCAUUAGCUGUGCUUCCCCAGCUUAUAAUAUUCCUCUACAUCAUGAUGCCAAUGGGUUGUGUGGAGCUGCUAAAGUGAAAAAUGAGGAGUAAAAGGAGAGGAUCCUGGAAAGGAUUUUGACAGUGUUGCUGAGGCUAAUCCAAAUGCACAGCAGCAGCUGGUCUUAUCUUGUAAAGGGUUCUUUUUCUGUAUUCUAGGCUUACAGAUUUUGAUCCUUUUUAUGACUAUGGAUUAUGUUGCCAUUACUAGGUAACUUCAAGCUUAGAAUCUAUUGCUUUUUUAUAACAAAUGAUACAUAAAGUAGUUAUCAUGGUUUUAAACUGUUUAAAAAUCUUAAUUCUUUAUUUGUGAAGUGAAAUAAAAGUGUGCCCUUUUUAAAAAAAACUGAAAUUCUGCAGGCUGACUUUAAUUGCAGAGUGCAUCAAACCACCUUUCUUAUGCUGAGAUGUUCUAUUUCAAUCAAAUGUGUUUCGUUCAGAUGUAGGCAUUGACACUACACAUGAGUCUGGUAUAUGGCUGUGAAAAAGGAGUUUACAUCAAUCUACUACUGAAAGAGAAAACACAAACCCACAUUAGUUAGAAAAUAAGAGGUAGAAGUUCUACAAAAGAUCCAACAAGCUCAACAUAAGCCCAUUAAAUGGAAUGAAGCUUGCAUGGCAGCACAGAUUAGUGACUUUCUCUGGAACACCAGCUUUUCAAUGUGUUCUAACACUAGCUUGAAAAUGGUUCCCUUGAUUAUGAAAUACUGGUGCUUUUGGUGUCCCAAGGGAUAAUUCAGAUUGCAGUCCACAACACUCUUUGUUAAGUCUAACAAAUGAAAUAAAAACAAUUUUCUGUUAA